UUAAUAGAAAUCGCCCUCUGUGGUAGACGUGCGAUCGAACCUGUCGUAAACCGAGGACCGUGCAGAGUUCGAGGUGAAGUCUGUUGCUGUUUAUUUGGCAACCAGUUGGAGGCGUCCGUAUCACAUCCCGUUUCCCGUGUCAAACUGUACUGUACUGUUCAAGCCUUGACAUUGCGAAGAUGGAGACUGUUAGGGUCUAAACCCAGGUGUGAGCAUGAGGUGCGAGUAGAAGUGCAGCAGACGUCGGCACCAUGUACUCAGAGUGGCGCUCGCUGCAGCUGGUGGUGCAAAGCGACCAGGGCCAUCUGAGUGUUUUGCACUCCUACCCCACCAAUGUGGGCACCGAGGUGGCCAACGCCGUGGUUAAGCCACUCUGCACGGCCGUCAGCCCUGUAGCCACGGAGAACAUCCUCAAGACCGACAAGGAGGUGAAAUGGACCAUGGAGGUGCUGUGUUAUGGCCUCACCCUGCCCCUAGAGGGUGACACUGUCAAGCUCUGCGUGGACGUGUACACAGACUGGAUGAUGGCCCUUGUGUCGCCCAGAGACUCGAUGCCUCAGCCUGUGGUCAGAGAGCCCAAUAUGUAUGUGCAGACCAUCCUCAAACAUCUCCACAAUGUCUUUGUACCAAGGCCUGAGCAGCACAGCCUGAAUCACAUCAGACUAUGCCAGCAAGUCCUGAUUGCUGUCCAAAAACUAGCACGAGAAUCACUUUGCAUGGUGAGGGAGACCUGGGAGGUGCUGCUGCUCUUCCUACUUCGUAUCAACGACACCUUGCUUGCUCCGCCUACCGUCGGAGUGGGCGUCGCAGAGAAACUAGCAGAGAAAUUAAUGGCCGUGCUGUUUGAGGUGUGGCUCCUGGCGUGUGCCCGCUGCUUUCCCACGCCGCCAUACUGGAAGACGGCAAAGGAGAUGCUGGCCAACUGGAGACAUCAUCCGCCGGUCGUUGAGCAGUGGAGCCGAGUCGCCUGUGCCCUGACCUCCAGACUUCUGCGCUUCACCCAUGGGCCUUCCUUCCCGGCUUUUAAAGUCCCCGAUGAGGAUGCCAACCUGAUCCCUUUAGAGAUGGACAAUGACUGUGUGGCACAGGCGUGGUAUCGUUUUCUACACAUGCUCAGCAACCCAGUGGACUUGAGCAACCCAGCGAUAGUGAGCACUACUCCAAAGUUUCAAGAACAAUUUCUCAACUCCAGCAGCAUCCCACACGAGGUGGUGCUGCACCCCUGUCUCAAGCAACUACCCCAGAUUUUCUUCAGGGCCAUGAGGGGAGUUAGCUGCCUUGUGGAUGCCUUCCUUGGUGUCUCAGUUGAAAAGAGAGAUGUGCGGGAGAGGGUGUUCUCUUUUUGUCCAGUGCUGCUGUCCCAUGGCAUAUCCCGUCCCAGAGCUGACAGUGCCCCGCCCACGCCGGUCAACAGAAUGAGCAUGUCUCCGCCACCCUCCAUUGCCAACACCACGCCACCUCACAGCCGCAAGCAGCGGCAUACGGUCGUCACCAAAACCACGAGCAAGAGUUCUACUGGCAGUGUGAGUCAACCAACAAAAGCAUCCCAACAGCAGCAGCAACAAACUUCUUCAUCUCCCACACUAUUGUCCAGCCCAAACCAGAGCAGUUGGGAGUCGCGGCCGCUCCCUGCUCCAGCGCGACCAAAAGUCAAUAGCAUCCUCAACCUGUUUGGCCAGUGGUUGUUUGACGCUGCAUUGGUCCACUGUAAGCUCCACAGCGGCCUCAGUCGAGACCCCAGCAUGACUGCCUCUUUUAUCCAAAUUCUCCUUUCUUAUAAAUCUUCAAUAGCCACACAAGUAGGAUUGGAGCUGAGAAGGAAAGGUUCCCAAAUGUCCACCGAAUCAAUGGUGUCCAAUCCCAUGUUUGAUGCAAAUGAGUUCCCAGAGAGCUAUGAGGCAGGCCGGGCUGAGGCCUGCGGGACUCUAUGCCGCAUCUUCUGUAGCAAGAAAACCAGUGAAGAAAUUCUACCCGUUUAUCUAUCCAGGUUCUACAUGGUGCUCAUUCAAGGUCUCCAGAUCUCUGAUUACAUCUGUAGACCUGUCUUGGCCUCCAUCAUUCUUAAUUCUUCCUCUCUCUUCUGUACUGACCUGAAGGGCAUCAAUGUGGUUGUACCAUACUUCAUAGCAGCUUUGGAGACUAUUGUACCAGACAGGGAGCUGUCCAAAUUCAAGAUGUAUGUAAAUCCCACCGAUCUGAGGAGAGCCUCCAUCAACAUUCUACUGGCCAUGCUGCCAUUGCCACAUCACUUUGGCAACAUCAAAUCCGAGGUUCUGUUGGAGGGCAAGUUUAACGAGGAGGAUGGAUUGCCUCACGACCAGCCUGUGUCUUUUUUGUCCCUGAGGCUGCGCCUCGUCAAUGUUUUGAUCGGAGCCUUGCAGACAGAGACUGAUCCUGCCAACACACAGCUCAUCUUGGGUGCAAUGCUAAACAUUGUUCAAGACUCGGCACUGUUGGAGUCCAUAGGUGCACAGACUGAAACAGGUAGUGUGGAUGGCGGCCACACAACGGCGAGAAACCACAGCAGAAACAAUAGUGGCAUUAGCUUCACCAGUGGGGGCAGCACGGAGGCUACCAGCCCAGAUUGUGAGCGUCCUGCCCAAGCCUUGCUUCGAGACUAUGCUCUUCCAGAUACAGCGGCAGGCCUGUUGGUGCGUAGCAUCCACCUGGUCACCCAGAGGCUCAAUUCCCAAUGGAGGCAAGACAUGAGCAUUUCACUAGCUGCCCUGGAACUUCUGGCUGGCCUUGCCAAGGUUAAGGUGGGGGUUGACUCCGCAGACCGUAAACGGGCAGUCAGCUCUAUAUGUGGGUACAUUGUGUACCAGUGUAGCCGUCCAGCUCCUCUUCAGUCCAGGGACCUUCACUCCAUGAUUGUAGCUGCCUUCCAAUUUCUUUGUGUGUGGCUCACUGAACACCCUGACAUGCUGGAUGAAAAGGAUUGUUUGGUUGAAGUAUUGGAGAUAGUGGAGCUGGGAAUCUCUGGCAGCAAGUCCCGUCAGGAACAGGAAGUGCGACAUAAAGGAGAGAAGGAGCAUAACCCUGCUUCCAUGAGGGUGAAAGAUGCAGCUGAGGCCACUCUAUCAUGUAUCAUGCAGGUUUUAGGAGCAUUCCCGUCUCCUAGUGGGCCUGCCUCCACUUGCAGUCUGCUCAAUGAAGACACCCUGAUUCGCUAUGCACGACUUGGCGCCACUGGGGCCAGUAACUUCCGCUACUUUGUAUUGGACAACUCGGUCAUUCUAGCCAUGCUGGAGCAACCUCUCGGCAAUGAGCAGAACCCCAGCCCGUCAGUGACAGUUCUGAUCCGAGGGACUGCUGGCAGACAUGCAUGGACCAUGCAACUCUUCCACCAACCCAGAGGAGCUCGGGCCAAUCAAAGGCAGGUAUUUGUUCCCGAGGGCCGUCCAACACCAAACAACGAUGUCGGGAUCAAAUACAACGUAAAACAGAGGCCGUUCCCUGAAGAGGUGGAUAAGAUCCCCCUGGUCAAAGCCGAUGUUAGCAUUCCUGAUUUGGACGACAUUGUUAGCAAAGAGCUCGAAGUGCAACACGACAAGCUUCGCAUUCUGAUGACCAAGCAGAUAGAUUACGAGAAUACGUUGGAGCGGCGCGCUGAUGACAUCUGGAAGUCCAAGCCUUUCCCUGACCCACAGAUAGACUGCAAACCUCCUCCGCCUUCGCAGGAGUUCCAGACUGCUCGGCUCUUCCUCUCCCACUUUGGUUUUCUUUCCCUGGAGGCGCUCAAGGAGCCCAACAACAGUCGCCUACCUCCUCAUCUGAUUGGCUUGGAGUCAUCCUUGCCUGGAUUCUUUGAUGACAUCAACUACCUAGACCUGCUCCCCUGCCGCCCAUUUGACACAGUCUUUGUUUUUUACAUGAGGGCUGGACAGAAAAGCAGUCACGAGAUCCUGAAGAACGUGGAAUCAUCAGCCAGCGUUCAGCCCCACUUCUUGGAAUUCCUUCUGUCCUUAGGCUGGCCUGUGGACGUCGGGAGCCACCCAGGGUGGACAGGACACCUCGAUACUAGCUGGUCUCUCAACUCAUGGUCUGACAGUGAUGUACAACAGACUGAUGAAGCAGCUACUCCUGAGGACACGGGAGGUUCGGUGUUUAAUGGAGAGAAGAAAGUUUUGUACUACGCAGAUGCCCUGACUGAAAUUGCCUUUGUUGUUCCAUCGCUAACUGAACAUUCUGAGGAGUCAUCAGUCCACAGUGACUCAACACUGGAGGCUGACACCAGCAUGGACCUUUUGCCUAGUAUACUCAAACAGCCCAAUCUCACACUGGAGCUAUUCCCUAAUCACUCGGACAACCUGGAGUCUGUCAGAAAGCUGAGUCCUUUAGUGAAGACCAAGAGAUCUUCGAGCGGAAAAUCAUUCCCACCCCUGGGCCCAGAGACAAAGGUGUUUGUCAUUUGGGUGGAGCGCUUUGAUGAUAUCGAAAAUUUUCCUUUGUCUGAUCUUCUUGGUGAAACCAGCACAGGUUUAGAAGCAAGCAUAAGCAACAGCACGUCCUGCAGAUCAGGGUUACUCGAGAAGGACGUUCCUCUGAUCUUUAUCCACCCUCUGAAGACGGGCCUCUUUCGGAUCCGACUGCAUGGAGCUGUGGGCAAAUUUAGCAUGGUGAUCCCUCUGGUGGAUGGCAUGGUGGUCAGCCGCCGGGCACUGGGCUUUCUGGUGCGCCAAACCAUCAUCAACGUGUGCAGGCGGAAACGCCUGGAAAGUGACUCGUACAACCCGCCGCACGUGAGGCGGAAGCAGAGAAUCACGGAGAUUGUGCAGCGUUACCGCAACAAGCAACUGGAGCCCGAAUUUUACACCUCCCUCUUCCACGAGACAGCUGGUGGAAUCUCGGCCAAGGUGGAGCCAUGAAUUGUUUACGAAUCUACCGACAUCUCAUUUCAUCGACAUGCUAAAGUCUUCCUUGUGCACGCUGGUGGCCAUGGCAGCAGCUCACUAGCAGGCACACUGAAUUUUGAAUGAUUGUUAUUCAUGGGCGCGGGGGUUCAGCUGUAUUCUUUUACUGUAUGGAGGUGUCGUUUUAUAUCUGCCUAAACUGGCCCAUCUCACAAACCACUGCUGUGUGCAUCUGCAUGUGCGUUUUAUGCUUUACCAGCCAGUCAACCUGACCGAGAGUGCCCCCACCCCCAAUCCCCCUACCACAUCAAAGGCAUUUAAAAGAUAACACUGUCACUUUAAGUCGUGGAAUCAUACAAUCCCAUUUGAAAAGCUUGUCUGAGCUCAGUGACAACAUUUUGGAGUCCCUUCGCUUUAUGAAGAAGUAUUUGGGAUUAUAGAAUAAGGAGAAUCAAGUCCAAACACUACACAAAUGACAUAACUUUCAUCCAUCCAUUUUCCAAACAGCUCAUCCUCACUGGGGUCUCGGGUGAUGUAACUUUGCAAUUGUAAUUAACAUGAGCAAGUAAUUGCUAUUUUACUAGAGUAAAGUCAAUAUUAUAACAAAAUAAUUUUAAAAAGCCAUUAAACUCGCAAUGAGUCAAAAUUGUACAAUAAUUUUGUAAUCUAUUACAAACAAUCGCGUGUAAAGUUGUGGUCUUUUGAGGAUCCUGCCAACUUUUCACAAAUGACAGCAGCACCUCUAAAUAUUAUGGACUGCGUCUGAAUUUGUGGACACACUCAUAAUAUAAUCUGAUAAUGAUGUGUGAAAAAUAUGAUUUAGAAGUUUUUAUGCAUUUUGCUCAAGUCCCUAUAUAGAACCACAGCAGUUAGUGUGUCAUGUUUGAAAUGUCUUUGCCGAUUAAUUUAUUGGUUCAAGCAUCACAGCAUUGUUGACAUACAUAUCAAACUUGCAAAACUUUUGGCUGUAUAGAUCUAGGUUUUUUUUUACAUUCUUUUCCUAUAUUUGAAUGGGCCCCUUUAGAUCGUGUCUGAAGAAAAAGACAAGUGUGCAGUUUAGUCAACACGGUAGCUUCCGUAAUUGUUUGUGUUCAGUCACUGUAAUUUUGGUUCAAGGCCCCUCUCACUGUCUUGCCUGCAACAAUGUGAACUUAUUUAUCACAAACGUGUAAAACGGCGAGUGUAUUUUGUUCUAUUUGGAAAGUCUUAAUGCACUGAGCACAUUCUGUGUUUAUUUUCUUAGUCCCUUUUGGUUACCAGAACAUUUCUCGUUUUUGUACCUUUUUUGAAUGAGCGUGUAUUUGCAAAGAAACCCCUGCUGAAGGAAGAGUUUUAUCGUGUGAAAAUGUAAAUGAAAUGGCGCUAUGGACUUUUUGACUUAUCACAUCGAAUUGUGUGACUCAAUUUUUACUACGGUGCUUUAUGCACAUGCCUUUUAUGGGAAGGAGAACAAAAAACCCUUGGAGGAAAGCCCACAUAAAAUCAAGAUGACCCACCUUGUAUCCCGUUACUACUUCACUGGUUGGAUCGUAUUUAAGGACUUUUGCCAUGUACAGACGCGAUGAAGGAUGAUUUGUAAAUAUACUAUAGCAUAAGGCAUUUACAAGUUGUCUGUUGCAUUCCUCACGUCGGGUGGGGAGACAGGUUGUGUAUGGUUUUGUGUGGGACGAGUGCCGAAUGUAACAUACACCCAUUAAAGCUAUUAUUGAUA